AUGCGGUCAUUAAUCACAUUGGGACUCGUAGUCCUCGUUAUUUCGACCGUUUCCUGCAGGGAAACGAAAGGAGAGAAGCGACAAUUCAGGCUACAACUAAAAGGAAAACGGGGUGUCAGUGAUUAUUCCGGUGGCUACUCGUCUGGUGGAGGAUCCUCCUACAAUUCACCACUCAUUCAGGCAAGCGGAGGCUCUGGAUACAGCGGAGGAUCCGGUGGAGGAUAUUCGUUGGGUCAUUCUGGAGGUAUCCAGAGCUUGCAAGGAUUGGGAGGUUCGCUGGGACACGGUUCACUGGGAUACUCUCUAGGAUCAUCUGGAUCUGGAGGACUUAGUUUGGGGGGCUCUGGUCUGGGUCAUGGCUUGAGUCUUCAAGGGUUAUCCUUAGGAGGACACCUUGGUCAAGCUUCGUACUCUCUCCCGAGCAUGUCGAGCCUCGGUGGAGGAGGAGGGGGUGCAAGCAUCGCGCUAUUUAGCCCCUCUUCGAAGAACGGACCAGUUACAUUUGGAUCCAAUGGCGGAGGUGCGUCUGUAGGCAGUUCUGGUUCCAGCUAUUCGACACCAGCCUAUGCAACAGGAGGUCAAGGAUUAUCAUCUUACGGUGGUGGUGGUUCGUCAGGCGGCCUCAAUCUUCAAGCAAUGUUGGGAUCCUCGCACGGUUCCUCGUACAGUAUACCAGCAUCGUCUUUGGCUUCGCUGGGAGGCUCAUCGGGACAUGGUCUUUCUAUUCAAUCGUUGUCUCCAGGCUCGUCCCAUUCUGUUAGCGGAGGCUUGGUAAUUGAUGCAGGAUCGCUUGGUAAAGGUUCCUCCGGUUCUUCUCUUGGCUCCAGUGGCAGCUCUAGCUACUCUCUCCCAAUAUCUUCUGGGUCCCACGGAAUUUCUGGUUUGUCCAGUUCCGGUGGUUCAGCCAGUUAUUCCUUACCGGUGUCGUCUGGGUCAUCAGGAGGUCACAUCAGUCUUUCUGGUGGUUCUGAUGGUUCCAGUUAUUCUCUUCCCUCUGCCUCUGGUUCGUCUUCGUACUCCUCUGGAGGAAGCUCCAGUUAUUCCAGCCCCACUGUUACCUAUGUUGCUCCUAAUUCUGCUUACUCGGGUUCAAGUGGUUCCUACGGUGGCUCUAGCUCCAGCUAUUCCGGUCCGUCCGUGACCUACUCUGGCUCCGGAUCCAGUUACUCCAGUCCUAUUUCCAGCUAUUCUAACUCCGGCUCCAGUUACUCCAGUCCUAGUUCCAGUUACUCGAGUCCUAGCUCGAGUUACUCUGGGUCAUCCGGCGGUUAUUCCCCCAGUUAUUCAGGUUCUUCCGCGUCGUAUAGCUCUCCCGCGGAGUCCCAUGGGUCCUACUCGAAUCUGAGCCCCAGAUACGUCGGGUAUUCCGCAGGGAAGAGCUACGAGGGCAACAAAUACGACACGAUCUCCUACUCCAGUCCUAGCGGAAAAUAUUAA